GGUGGGGCAGCAGAGCCGGGCUCUCCGGAAGGAGACGUGGCGGCGGUUGGGUCCCCGGCUCCUAGGUCGCUUUGUAGUCCCGCCGCCGCCGCCUCCUUCUCCUCCUCCUCCUCUUCCUCCUCCUCCUCGUAGUCUCCUCUUUGGGCAGAGGAGGCUGUAGUAGCGGCUGGGGAAAGCGGCAGCGGAGGAUGGAGGAAGGAGGCGGCGGCGUGAGGAGUCUGGUCCACGGGGUGCCCGUGUUCCUGGUCCUCUGCGGCCUCCUGGAGGCGUCUGGCGGCGGCCGCGCGCUUCCCCCGCUCAGCGAUGAUGUCCCUUUCCGAGUCAACUGGCCCGGUACCGAGUUCUCUCUGCCCACAACUGGAGUUUUGUAUAAAGAAGAUAACUAUGUCAUCAUGACAACUACACACAAAGAAAAAUAUAAAUGUAUACUUCCACUUGUGACAAGUGGAGAUGAGGAAGAAGAAAAAGAUUAUAAAGGCCCUAAUCCAAGAGAGCUUUUGGAACCGCUGUUUAAGCAAAGCAGUUGUUCUUACAGAAUUGAGUCUUAUUGGACUUAUGAAGUAUGUCAUGGAAAACAUAUCCGGCAGUAUCAUGAAGAGAAGGAAACUGGUCAGAAAAUAAAUAUUCAUGAGUACUACCUUGGGAAUAUGUUGGCUAAGAACCUUCUAUCUGAAAAAGAACGAGAAACAGAAGCAAAAGAAAAAUCAAGUGAGAUUCCCACUAAAAAUAUUGAAGGUCAGAUGACACCCUACUAUCCUGUGGGAAUGGGAAAUGGUACACCUUGUAGUUUGAAACAGAACCGGCCCAGAUCGAGUACUGUGAUGUACAUCUGUCAUCCUGAAUCUAAGCAUGAAAUUCUUUCAGUAGCUGAAGUUACAACUUGUGAAUAUGAAGUUGUCAUUUUGACACCACUCUUGUGUAAUCAUCCCAAAUAUAGGUUCAGAGCAUCUCCUGUGAAUGACAUAUUUUGCCAAUCGCUGCCAGGAUCUCCAUUUAAACCCCUCACUCUGAGACAGUUGGAGCAGCAAGAGGAAAUACUAAGGGUACCUUUUAGAAGACAUAAAGAGGAAGACCUGCAGCCAAUUAAAGAAGAAAGGUUUCCAGCAGUUCACAAACCUAUUGCCGUUGGCUCUCAGCCAGUGCUCACUGUUGGAACAACUCACAUAUCCAAACUCACAGACGACCAGCUUAUUGAAGAAUUCCUUAGUGGCUCUUACUGCUUUCAUGGGGGUGUUGGUUGGUGGAAAUACGAAUUCUGCUAUGGCAAACAUGUACAUCAAUACCAUGAGGACAAGGACAGUGGGAAAACUUCUGUGGUUGUGGGGACUUGGAACCAAGAAGAGCAUAUUGAGUGGGCAAAGAAGAAUACUGCCAGAGCCUAUCAUCUUCAGGAUGAUGGGACCCAGACAGUCAGGAUGGUCUCACAUUUUUACGGGAAUGGAGAUAUUUGUGAUAUAACUGACAAACCAAGACAAGUGACUGUAAAACUAAAGUGUAAAGAAUCAGACUCUCCUCAUGCUGUCACUGUGUAUAUGCUAGAGCCUCACUCCUGUCAGUAUAUUCUUGGGGUUGAAUCUCCAGUGAUCUGUAAAAUCUUAGAUACAGCAGAUGAAAAUGGACUUCUUUCUCUCCCCAACUGAAGGAUAUUAAAGUUGAAGGGAAGAAAAGAUAGUUGAAAGUCAUGAUAAUUUCUGACCAUGUGUCUCAGAACUCACAGCCAUGGACCUCAUCUAAAGGAUUGUAUAAAAGGAUUCUCAACCACUCUGUGAAUGUAUAUUUGUAUAUAAGAGGUUAUUGAUAAACUUCUAAGACAGACAUUUAUCUCACUUUUGUGUGUGUGUGUGUGUGUGUUCCUUUGUGUCAUAUGAACUGAUUGUGUUUUGUCUUUGCUUGGAUAAUGUGAUUCCAAAAUAAAUCUUAUCCAAGCAAAUUAAUGGUUCCAGCUCCUCUGAAUGUUGUAACUGUUGUACUUAACUAAAAGAAUCUUUAAAAAAUUUUAUAAUGUAAAUUAUAGUGUAUAUAACUAGCUAAUGAAGUAAAGAUAACAAAUUGGUAAGUAUUUAUUUAAACGAGAGACCAUGUAAAAUGUGUAAAUUUUAAUGUCUAAAAUCCUUUUAACACAUUUUCAGCUGCUCUCUGCCAGACAUUAAACUAGAAAAUGGGCACAAAGUAGAGCCUCCUAUGUGAAUUUUCUUCACUGCUGUUAAUCUAAAGAAGCUCUUACUUGUGAUAAGUUGCUUCUCUCCUCAAGCUUUUACCUGUUUUCUUGUGUGUCCCCAGAGCGUGUUUCUGGUGUAGAGUGGCAACGGUUCUCUGGUUUUGAAUGUUGCCCUAACCGCGCACUGUUCUGGCGGUCCAUUGUACUCGCCUACUGUAUGCUACAGAUCUUAGUUCUGGGUAGUUUAAAUCGCAGUAUUUAUUUUAAAGUGAAUAAAAUGUCCUCGAGCAGUGUUACCAUAGAGUCAG